UGGAAACAAGCCCGCUCUGUAUUGUGGGUCGGGGUUGUCAAGAACAUCCCGCAAAGUAGGAUGUGGUCCAGGCCCCAAUACGCUGCCCAAACGGGCAAAGAGCCAAGCCGAAUGAAUCAAUCUACAUGAUAUACUCAUACCAGCUGCUUUACUGGCGACUCUAGUGAGCAACGCGUGGCUUCGCCCUCGAUGCUCCCGACGCACUUUUGUUCCGCGUCUAGUGCGAACACGCCCAAUGUUUGUGACGCAGAAGCGUAUUUGGGUUUUGUCACUUGUUUCGUCUGUAAGCGCCGCGUUACUACGGGAGCGCGGUUACACCGAUCUCCGACAGCGGGAUGGCCGUUCAUCGCCCCGGCGCGCCCCUUGAUAAGUCGGCGCCCAGUGCGUGAAUGCUUAUUACUGCAGGCCUCUGCAUAUUCUUACACUACCAGCCCGUCUUGUUGCCUCUUGUCUGUGCGCGGCCUUUGCCAGCAGCACUUGCAAGUGAACCAUCAUGGCACGGCGGUCCCUCGCCCUCCUCUUCGUGGCCGCGCUCGCGGGCGCGGCGAUUGCAUCUGCACAGGAUGUGGAGACGCGCAAGGGUGACAUUCCAGGCGGCCUAGGAGUGGACGCCUCUGGCGAGUUCACUCCCUCCAGCAAACCCACGCCCGCCACCCCCAGCCCUGAUGCCGUGCUCCCCACCGUCGACGUCGGACCCAUCUCCUCCCCUGCCCCUGCUUACGGAGCCUACGGCGGCGCCACCCCCACCGCCACGCCCUCGCCCCGUCCCGGCGCCCAGGGUGGUGCCCGCGCCCCCUCGCCCGGCCCCAAGGGCAAGUCCCCCCGCAACAAGUCUCCCAAGAACAAGUCGCCCAAGCCCACCCCCGCUCCCACCCCUGCCCCCACCCCCGCCCCCGCCGCGGAGCACACCUCCACCUGCAAGGGCCCGGGCUACUCCAUCAAGGCCCCCUACCUGGACAAGGUGCACAUGGAGGUGACCAGCGCCAUGCCGCACGAGGCGCAGGUCCCCGAGUGCGAGAAGCUGUGCCUCGCCCGCGGUGCCGUGUGCAAGGGCUGGUACUACAAGAAGGACGGCUACUGCUACCUCAUGAAGGGCACCGGCAGCUUCCGCUCUGGUUUCGACGCCCUCCAGGCUUGCAAGAUCAUCUGGGCGUAAGGAGGGACAACAACCAAGUAAUGCCCCAUUGACCGACGCGGCGACUGACUCGUAACACAUUACGGCCGCUGCCAGCGCCGGGGCGGCCCGUCGCUUCGUGGCGCGGCCGCGAUACAUACCGUACUCGGCAUUGACAUAAGCCAGUCAAGUCUGAACGUCGUUGUGUUUGUGCUUUGAUGCGCUCCACUCGUGAGUUUGAGAGAAGGACGUGAUUUUGAGAUUGAUUUGACCCCGCCGCGAACCGAGUGACCCUCCUUGACGGGAUGAGCCAAAUCAUUUCGGUGGGUAUCCGAGGCACAGCCCUGACGCACUUUGUGUGAGAGGAGCUUUAAGGAGCUCGGCUGUGUGCGUGCGUGUGCAUGCGCGUGCUGUAGCGCCCUGCCCUGUGAGCAUUGACGCAAGAAUUGUUGGGGCGCGCACUUAACGCCUGUACAGAUGUGCAGAUAGCGGAGCCGUGGCGGUUGGGUUGGCGCGUCCCGGGCUUGGGCCUCCGGGUUUCUUGCCGUCGUAGCGUCUUCCCACACACAUACAGCGCUGACUAGGCUUGCCGCGGCUGCCCUAUCUAACCCCUAUCUAAACCCAUACAUAUCCUUCCCUUUUGUUUAUUGAUGCGUGCGCGCGAAAUGGUGCUGCUUGAUACGCGCAACGCGCGUCUUUUGUGUGUGUGUUAAAGAGCACAAGGAAAACGUUGCGCAAAGACAGUGUAUGCGAUGCAGCAAAGCGACGGUGUUUUGUGUGUGUGUGUUUGGGGUGCUUGCUACCGGUAUCGCACGCUGUGCCGCCGGCUGCAAAGCCAGCGGGUACAGGGCAGGUGCUUGGUUGCAGGCAUGUGUUGCGCAGACAUUGCGCCCAGGCUUGAGAGAUAGCAGGGCCAGCGUGUGGGUGAAGGCGGCUGCAUUUGCGGCAGUUUUGCGGCCGGACGCGGCCGGGUGUUUGCGAGGACGGCCUGUGGAAUGGGGCGGCUGUGCACAGCACGAGGGAAUUUGUUGUCUGUUGCCGCGCUGGCGGGAGUCCAAUGCUGCGCACUGGUUGGGCUUGUGGCAAGAGAGAGGAUACGGGUCCUGUGGACCCGUGGUGAGGAUCGCGGGGGCUUUGUGACGAUCUCUCGCCGCAGUCCGGCAACUGUGUAACCCUUUCACACAGG